UGGGGACAAAUAAAGGUAGCAGUUUGAAAUUUUAAACGGGACGCAUAUUUGCAUGGGACACAUAUACUUUUAUGGGACGCAUUAAAGUUGCUGAGACGCAUGUUCUAAGAUAGACCGAAGAUUUAUGGAUUUUCAAAUAAAUUUUUGCUUGUAGAUUCUGUAGAUAAAAGCAAUAAAGUUGAAAAGGUAUAUUUUGAACCAUUAUGAGAUUUAUGAGAUUAGGAGGAAAAGAAAGUCAUUAUCAUAGGAAAGAAAGGCAAGCGAGGAGAAUGCAGCAAAAAAUGAUUUUUGCGGACAUAUUGAUAGUGAGCUGGACUUUUACCCGAUUGUUCAAUUUAACAUCUAAAAUUUCAAAUAUACUAAUUAAUACAUUAAGUCAAAAGAUGAUUUCGGGAAAGAGGUGGAUUAGAAUGAUACCUAGGUAUUUAGAUGGAUCGAAGAGAUUAACCAGAACAUGGGGAUUACGAAGAAUAUAUGUGAUGCGAUUCAAAGGGCAUCGUGUGAUUUGUUGUGAUAUCAAAUGAUAAGGGGAUAUUAUUGGAGUUGAAUUUCUACCGCGGAUAACAGGGGAUUUGAAGGCAAACCCGCAAGAUCUGGGCUCCAAAUAUGAAGCCGAAGCUUUUUUG